AACCGUUAUCAUUAAAUUAAAAAAUCUUGUAAUUCUUAUCCUGCUCGCUGCUCUCCACUCAAUGGCGCUAACGUUGACCAUUAGCAAUGGCAGUUGUAGUUACAGCACUGGAAAUGGGGUCCGAAUCCUCCGCCCCAACCACUUACCUGCCGCUCUCUCCCGUCGCCGCCGCCUUCUCCUCCCAACCUCCCCCAGAACCUUUCACCUAACCUCAGCUGCCAAGAAGUUCCGAACCGGACGGUACGAUAGCAAGAACAGGAGGAGCAAUCUCACGACCAAGGAACAAGAUGAUGAACUGGAGCGAAAAAGGAAGGAUGGAAAUGAAGAAGAAAACGAUGGCAUUGUUGGAAUUGGAUUAGAUAACGUUGGACUUGGUGGGAGUUCGUCUGCGGUUUCGACUGACGGCAAACCGUUUCCGGAUCUUCCGGGUCUUCAGCCGGAUCCAUUUGAAGGUCCGCAGUGGGAUGUUCUUGGAUUCCUUGUUCAGUAUUUGUGGGCUUUCGGCAUCGUUUUUGCGUUGAUUGCUUGUGGGAUUGCCGUUGCAACGUACAACGAAGGGGCAACAGAUUUUAAGGAGACUCCUGCAUACAAAGAGUCAAUCCAAUCUCAGGAGCUUUUAGAGCAACCCGAUGCCUCUAGUUCAGACGUCUUCGAAUCUAACCCUACUGAAGUUGCACCCAGUUUGGAGUAGUUGCAGUAAGAUGGAAAUGUAAAAGGGCCUGUAUAUCUGGAUUGAGAAAAAAAUCACUUGGAACUUUUAUAUAGCUGAUGUUUGUUAUUUCUCUUUGCAAAUGCUUUAUCCAAAUGAUUUUGAGAUAAUGUUAAGUAUGGCAGUUAGCAUAUAUUGCAGAGCAAAGUUGAAAUUCCCAUGAA